UUGAUUUGUUGGUUCAUCCAUGGCUCUGUUCUGAGGUCACAAGGCCUCCCUUUCCAAAUAUACUACCUCUCCUCAUCCAUUUAGCUAUCAUGUGUUCUUGAGUUUUAGAGGUGAAGACACUCGAAAGAACUUCACUGAUCACCUCUACACAGCCCUUGUCAACGCCGGACUUCAUACUUUCCGGGAUGACCCUGAACUCGAAAGAGGUGAAAAUAUCAAGGACAAGCUUGAUAAAGCCAUUCAACAGUCACAAAGUUCUGUCAUUGUGUUUUCAAAAGACUAUACCUCUUCCAGAUGGUGUCUGGACGAGCUUGUGAUGAUCCUUGAACGCAAAAGGACUUCCGAUCAUGUCGUUUUACCGGUCUUCUAUGACGUUGAUCCAUCUCAACUGAGGAAGCAGGCAGAAACUCUUGCAAAGAUUCCUAAAUACCAAGAAAAUCAAUCGUCGGAGAGGUUGAAAGGAUGGCGGGCAGCACUUAGAGAAGUUGCAGAUCUAGCAGGAAUGGUUUUAGAAAAUGAAGCUGACGGGCACGAAUCAAAGUUCAUCCAAAAUAUCGUUAGAGUGAUCCAAGACAAACUAGGUCGUCGUGUGCCCCUGACCGACGUCCAGGAGGUGUUACAGAAGACGUUGUUGUUUAUUAACCCUGUUCUCGAUGAUGCCGAGGGGAAGCAACUGAACAACCCAACAGUGACGGCAUGGCUCAAUGAGCUUAAAGACGCAGUCUAUGAUACUGAGGACCUAUUGCAGGAGAUCAAGACAGAAGUAUUACGGCGAAAUAUGGAACCUAAAUCUGGAACUAGCACGAGUAAGGUACAAGAUCUGAUCUCUACUCCUCCAUCUCAUGUUUUUGACUUGGCAUUAAUAUGCCCCAGGGUAGAGGAAGUUCUUAACAGACUAGACUCCAUUAUGGAGUAGAGAAGAGAUGUCUUGGGUAUGGAAACAAGUGCUGGAUACAGUGCAUCACAAACAAUACCGUCAACUUCUUUGGUCGAAGAGUUCGGUGUGUGUGGCAGGGAUGAUGAGAAGGAAACACUUAUGAAAUUGUUGCUAUCAGAUGAUCAGAGUGGCAAUAAAAUAAGUGUGAUUCCUAUUGUGGGUAUGGGUGGGAUUGGAAAGACCACCCUUCCCCAGUUUCUAUACAAUGAUGAUAGAGUCAAACAGCAUUUUGACCUCCAAGCAUGGGCAUGUGUUUCUGAAAAAUUUGAUGUCCUUCGGAUCUCACAACAAAUUUAUGAGUCCCUUACUUCAGAUGCUUUCUUCAUUAUGAACUUAGAUCUGCUUCAGUCAAAAUUGAAGGUUGCUUUGAUGGGGAAAAGGAUUUUCCUUGUUCUUGAUGACUUGUGGAAUAAAAAUUACACUGAAUGGGAUGUUUUAAGGCGUCCAUUUCAAUUUGGAGCACAUGGAAGUAAGAUUAUUGUCACAACACGCAAUCAAGAUGUUGCAUGCAUGGUGUGUACUCUUGAAGCUCACCGUCUCAGGCCGAUGUCUGAGGAAGAUGGCUGGUUGUUAUUUGAAAAACAUGCCUUCAAAAAUGCAGGUGUUGGUGCAUACUUACAUCUUGAAGAAAUCGGUAGACAAAUUGUUCGAAAGAGCAAUGGUCUUCCUUUGGCUAUUAAGUCUCUUGGGGGUCUCUUAUGUUCUAAAUUAACUGUGGGGGAAUGGGAAAGUAUAUAUAUUGAACAGUGAGAUGUGGGAGUUGCCACAGGAGGAGAGUGACAUUCUGCCAUCUCUUUGGUUGAGCUAUAAGCAUCUGCCUGCACAUCUCAAGUGUUGUUUUGCGUAUUGUUCGAUAUUUCCCAAGAACUAUGCGUUCGAAACAUCAAAAUUGGUUUU